GUAAUAAUUUUCUUGCAAAGCGUAAAAUCUGCAUUUGCAAAAACUCUGUUGAUUGUCACUUUGGCAUUGUAUUUAAGCGUUGUUAAGGAUUUUAAAUGGAUUUUAUGCUAAAUGCUAUAGAUAAAAAUCGAUUUUUAUUCAAAUUACCAUAUUGCAAGGUAAUUGCAAGAAGAGUAGACAGAAUUUAAUUUACAUCGAAAGCAGCUGUAAAAAUAGACACUGAAAACAAAGAAAAGUCGCGACCGUUUCUUUUGUGAACGAACUUUUGAAAGAAAUGUCAAUAUUGAUUUUGUUAAAUUUUAUCUCUAUAUCUCAAUUUCUGUUGUGAAGAACUGCCGUCAAAGUUGUUGAAAAUAUAAAAACCUGUUAUAUUAUUGGUUUUCAGUUCGCGUUAUAUCAAAACCGGUUUGAUUAUCUGUCACUUGGCUGUCUUUUGGAAAACAAACCUGUUGUAAGCAAGUAUGAUAUAACUUUAUCUUCUCAGACAAGCGCCACAGAUGUGCUUAAAGCCAUGGGCGCGAUGCCCAGUGGAUUUCGUUCAACUACACUCGGAAAAAUGGCGAAAGAAGAAAACUGGCAAACUAGCUCUUGGGUGAUGCCGAAACUAAGUCAGUCUAAUGUAGCUUAUCGAGACAUAACUUGGGAUCCCGUCAACAAACAGUUACGGCCAAGAACAGCUAAAAGCAACAGAAUAUUCCAGGUCCUGAGUGCAAGAAUGGUUCCUUUACCAGGUUCAGGUAGAGUAUGGAAAGUUUUCUUCGCUCCACUUAUUUUACCUUACUGGACACUACUUAUAACAUUAAUAUGCCCUGAACUUGGUUCCUCUCCCGCAACUGCCCUUGCCACCGUUCUUAAUUUAUCUGACUUAUUCUACUUGCACCUUUCUGUGCACUAUUAGUUAUUAAUUAGAUUUAUUGUAAUUCUAUUAAAUUUUAGAUCUUUUUAUGUUUUUUUU